AUGUCAAUGAAUAUAGCAAAUGAUUUAGAGAAAAAAAUUGUUGACUGGCUCGAUAGACAUAGAAAUAGGUUUGAACUUGAUAUUCAUGAAGGUUCACUUCGUCCACUGACACCGACAUCAUAUACAUAUUCAGGUCCUGGAACAUCAAUUACUAUUGGCUUCAAAAAAUCACUUAAACAAGGCACAAUUAACCUUGAAGAAUUACGAGAAAAUUUCGACUUUAUUGCACUCGACAAACUUCCACUGAUCGGUCUGGAUGUUCCAUCAAACUGGCAAGUUUAUCCACAAACACCCGUAUCAUCACUUGAAAGGGACUCGAUUUAA